AGUACUGAUGCUGCACCACAUCCCACAAUUUAUAAAUACCCUCCGGAAAUAAGCCAAAAUCCUAACUCGAUCUUUUCCUUCCACAAAGAAGCAAUGGCCAGUUCUUCUGUUUGGCUGUUCUGCUUACUUGCCCUCUUCUUUGGCCAUGGCUUUGUAGAAAUUGAAGCUUCUCCAGCCAAUCAGCCUUACAGAACCGCUUUCCAUUUCCAACCUCCCAAGAACUGGAUGAAUGGGCCUAUGGUUCACAAGGGAAUUUAUCACCUAUUCUACCAGUGGAACCCUAAAGGUGCAGUUUGGGGUAACAUAGUGUGGGCCCAUUCGACAUCGACGGAUCUCAUCAAUUGGAUCCCCCAUGAUCCAGCCAUCUAUCCAUCGAUCCCGUCUGAUAUCAACGGAUGCUGGUCCGGGUCGGCCACAAUCCUCCCCGGGGGCAAACCGGUCAUUCUGUACACGGGGAUAAACGAACAGGGGCAACAAGUCCAGAAUCUAGCCAUGCCCAAAAACCUUUCAGACCCAUUUCUCAGAGAAUGGAUCAAAUCACCCAAAUAUAAUCCAGUAAUGGCACCAAAUUCCAUAAACGAGAUCAACUCAAGCUCAUUCAGAGACCCAACCACUGCUUGGCGUGGCCUUAAUGGGAAAUGGAGUGUGAUAGUUGGAAGCAAACUAAAUCGCGAGGGUAAGGCUAUUCUAUACCGGAGUAAGAAUUUUACUACGUGGACCGAAGCCAAACAGCCUUUGCAUUCAGCCGCGGACACAGGAAUGUGGGAGUGUCCUGAUUUUUAUCCCGUUGCUAUCGAUUCCACAAAAGGUGUCGAGACUUCGAAGAUUGGGCACGGGAUAAAGUAUGUGCUGAAGGCUAGUUUGGACGACACCAAGCACGAGUUCUACACCAUCGGGAUGUAUGACCAUGACAAGGAUAUUUAUAUCCCGGAUGAGGGAUCCGUGGAGGGUGAUUCGGGGUUGAGAUACGACUACGGGAAGUUUUAUGCCUCGAAAACUUUUUUCGAUAGCGAGAAGAACCGGAGGGUCUUGUGGGGUUGGAUCAAUGAGUCCACAAAUGCAACCAUUGAUAUAAUGAAGGGAUGGUCUGGAGUUCAGGCAAUUCCGAGGCAAAUUUGGCUCCGUCCAUUUAAAAAACAAUUGAUGCAAUGGCCGGUUGCAGAGUUAAAAAAGCUACGGAUGAACAAAGUUGACGUGCAGCCAAACACGGUGCUAAAGGGAGGCUCAGUCGUGGAAAUUCCUAGUGUCACAUCCAUACAGGCGGAUGUUGAGAUUGAAUUUGAAAUAUCAAACUUGGACAAAGUGGAUACGUUGGAUGCAAGCUUGAUUACUAACCCACAAGAGCUUUGUAGCCAAAAUGGUGCAUCAGUCCGGGGUGCGUUUGGACCGUUUGGGUUACUGGUUUUCGCUUCAAAGAGCUUGGAAGAGUACACUGCAGUCUACUUCAGAAUAUUCAAACAUGAGAAGAAAAUUGUGGUGCUCAUGUGUAAUGACCUCAGCAGAUCUUCAUUACAUCUAGAUUAUGACAAGGCGAGUUUCGGAGCUUUUGUGGAUAUUGCCCCUAUUCAUGACAAACUCCCAUUAAGGACCUUGAUUGAUCACUCUAUAGUGGAGAGCUUUGGUGGGGGAGGCACGGCCUGUAUCACUUCUAGGGUUUAUCCCACAUUGACUCUCACUGAAGGGGCUCACACAUAUGCGUUCAAUAAUGGAACAGAGAGUGUAAAGAUUUCAAAAUUGACUGCUUGGAGUAUGAAGAAAGCUUAUAUCAACUAGAUCAAACAAAUGCAUGCCUACUGAUCAUGGAAUUGAAGUUAUUCAUGGAGAACAAUAAAUCAAGAAAACA